AUGCCUGGACUGAGCUGUUUCGGAGUCCGUCCCCAGCCUCACAACAUGCUGGCGCUGCUCGUCGCGACGGAGGGAUGCUCGGCGACGGCUGGGGGGGGAGGGGAGGUCGAGCGGCGGGUCCUCCGCCUCCACCGGCGGCUGUCGCGGUUCGACGACGCUCGAGCCGGAAACGUCACCCUGUGCAUCGAGCAGAAUUUCGCCGAUCUCAUCCAAAGGGUGCCAACCCGACUCUCGGCGUUGAGAUUCCUCAUUCCUUUCCCCGCGUUCAUUCCUGGUUGCAACCUGUCCUUUGAUGCUAAAUAA